GUUAUUAAGUAUCCGGUGAACAAUGUAUUGGUACUUCAUUGAGUAAUUCUAAAGUAUAGUUUAGUCCUUUCACAUUUAUGAGAGCGGUAGUUUGUAACAUUGUGUCAUCUAUUAUUGUAAGUCUAUUUAUUCACAGAGCAAAUGUUGACCAAAGAGUUGUCAUAGUUGUUGACUAAACGCAGUUGCAGAAAGAUUGUGUUCCACAGGUUGUUGGGAAACAAUGGAAAAUGUUUGAUUAUCUUUGAAUUUUGACUAAGUUCACAUGAAUAUUAAAGAGUAAUUGAUCAGAACUUCUAAACAGACUAAAGAGUCUGAAAUAUAAACUUGUGCUAAUCCAUGCUGUGCUUAAAAGGAAAAAAAAUCAAUCAGUUCUACAUUUCACUGGUCUCUAUUCUAGGCGACAGUGAGAAGAUUCUCUAACCACAUCAGGUAAGAUUUCCUGACUGACUCGCAUGAAGAAAGUUACAGCAGUCGAAGAAAACAUGUAAAACAGUCUUCUGAUCCCUAGAAGAUAGAUCAUGUUUAUUUUCGCAACAGACCUAAACCCGUAAAAGCUAUACUCAUGAAAGUUUGUCAAAAUUUAUGGCAGAUUGAAAAGUGACACCAAGACGCAAUUUAGACAGAAAUUUGUCUAAAAUGUUGUUGUCUACAAAGGAGAGAAGCUAUGAAGACACAUUUUACCAAUAUUUUAGAUAAAGAUGACAAUUGUGAGAUUGUCCGUAAGUUAUUAAAAGUAGGUCCAGAUAUAGAGAAGGUUUUUUUUUAUAUCAAAGAUGCAUCACUGCAUGUUAGCAGAAGGAUGGGACAUAACAUUUUGAAUAAAAUACUGAGCCAAAGAAAUGACAAACACAAGAAUUACAGAAUAACUUAAUCUGUACUAAUGAACGGCUUCACUUGCUCAUGUUUGUUCAACUGAAACGUUUAUUUUUCAGAAUCAACUGUCAGGUUGCAUCCAUCGCCGAACUUAACAGUGACAUGUCUCUGUUGAAUAUUUGCGUCUUUGCCGGCCUCGUGCUCUCCCUCCCCCAGUGUUCGUAUCAAUCAUGCGUAGACGGGACGCCCAAACAGUGCAUGGAUGCAGAAUUUGCUCCAGGUACCAAUUUGGCCGGGGAAGGCUUCGAUAUCACCAAAAUGGAGCACAAGGGAGCCUUUGUGCUCAACAUGAAUCGGUGGAAACGCAAGGAUAAAACAUGCACCCUGUGCAGCAACCCCUAUCUAGAGAACAAAAAGCAAAAGCUCCCGUUGUCAGUGGUGGACUGGAGAGCGAAGCAUUCCUGCAGCAUAAAAGUGGCCACUACACUCCACCGAUCCAGUGAGGCUCUGGUCAGCUCCAGCACCUCUUCUGUGGAGAACAACUGGCAGGCCAAUCUAGACGUGACUGUGGGUGAAAAAAGCGGCUCAGUGAUGCUUGCUGGUACUAAUUCUAAACUGGCUGAGUACUCCAUGGAAAAAACUAAGAAUGACAAGUUCAGCUUCGCAAGCCACAGCAUGUCCUGCGAGUUCUACAGCUACAGGGUGACCGGCAAUCCCAUGUUGCACAGAGAAUUUCAAAGAGCAGUGAAACAGCUCCCGGAAAUAUACAGCCCUGAACACAAGCAACAAUUUUACAAACUGAUCGACAACUUCGGCACCCAUUACGUCACCAAGGUGAAGAUGGGAGGAAGUAUUGAAUCUGUGACCAGCAUCAGGCAGUGCCAGGCCAGCCUGCAGGGCAUCAGCUUGGAGGAGGCGCAGAUGUGCCUGGAAGUUGAGGCGUCCGCCAGCAUGAAAGUAGCUACAUUGAAAACACAAGUAAAACACUGCAAGAAGGACAGUGACAAGACGGAAAGUAAGUCGUCCUUCUCCAGCCUCUUCAACGACAGGUUCACAGAAAUAAAGGGGGGGCAUACCACGGACCCAGACCUUCUCUUCUCUGCUGACAAAAAUCCAUCGGCCUACAAAGAAUGGCUGAACACACUGCCACAGAAUCCAGACAUAGUCUCAUAUUCCCUGGACUCGAUUCAUGAGUUGCUGCCUACUAACUCCCCUGUCAGGAAGAACCUGCGCUCCGCCAUUAGCCAUUACAUCCUGGAGAAAGGCCUGUUGAAGAACUGCAGUAGCCGCUGCAAGGCCGGCAUCAAGAGCGACCCACGGGACACCUGCGUCUGCCAAUGCCACAAUGACCCAGCUGUAAACCAAGACUGCUGCCCAACCCGUAGGGGCAUGGCACGGGUCAUCAUAACUGUACAACGGGCUGCUGAUCUUUGGGGAGACCACUCCACGGCCACGGACGGCUACGUGAAGGUGUUCUUCAACAGAGAGAUGGUCCGGCGUUCACCUGUCUUUUACAACAACAACUACCCACACUGGGCCAUGAUCGUUGACCUGGGCCCCCAGGAUGUGUCCUCAGGGAUAAAAGUGAGAUUUGAAGUGUGGGAUCAGGACAACAACUGGGACGACGACCUGUUGGGAGCAUGUGAGAAAGUUCUAUCUGCUGGAGUCAAGGUGGAUCUGUGUAACCUGCAACAUGGCCAGCUGUUCUACAAAUUGGAGGUGACAUGUGCUCCGAGUCUGGGCGGAGCUACAUGCACCGAUUAUAAACCUUCGCCUAUAAGUCAAAGUCUGAAGAAGUUGUACGUGUCUCGUCACGCACAUCCUAUUCCAAAGGCCAUCCUGUUAGAGAUGGGCGUGUUUGUGAAUGAAACAAGCUCACACAGGAACCAGAGUCUUACUGCUGAGAUUUCAAAGUUUGAUGUGAUAUAACAUCCGUGUUUGGCUUCACUGAUGCUCACGUAGCCAAAUCAGUCUUUGUAUAGGUGCAUCUAUAAAGGUUAUUGAAAUAAAACUUCACCCGUAACUGGCAUCCCUUGUUCAUUUUCUGCUGAUUACAAAGAAUGAGAAGUUUGUCUGUUGGGGAAACAUGUUUCAUGUUUUGACAAAUCGGCUGCAACUCAACUAUGUAAAAUGCUCAGUUUUUGUUUCAGUGUAAUUUACAUUUAAGUCUGCUAACGGUUGUGUAUGCAUGUGUUCGACAGAAGAAGAUUGUCAAUGAAGUCUCUGAGAAAUUGACAUCAGCAAGCAAGACCCAGAUGACUGAAAUGUAUUGCUAAAAUGUUGAAAACAUUUUCAAAAUUUUAAUGAAAGCAGUGGCAGAAAAGAUAGUUGUUUUAAUGUACUGUGUCUGUGUAUUUGUAUCAUAGAUACUGGCCUUGUCUUUCACAGCAUAUGCAUCUAAAAGUUCUUGCAGCUUUCAAAAUGCGAGUUUGAUUUAGUGCAGCUUUUUCUUGUUAAUGUAUUCAUGCAUCAUUCUUUACAUAAAAUAACAUGUUUGCAGAUUGUA